UCUGUUGGGAUGUAUAAAUAGAAAGCGAAGUAUUUUAGACCUAUCACUUUGAAAGCAGAGCUCUCAAGGCACAUGAAAAUGCACAGAGUCACAGCAGUCAUCCUCGCGAUUGCGAUCUCCAGUGCUACUGCAGAACAAUGGGCAAAAAUCUGCUCAAGUCAACCUGCAAACAGAAUCAGAGGCUGCGACUCCCAGGGCUGUGGUGGAUACAAUGACCCCAAGGUCCUGGGCCGGGAUGACGGGAGAUGGUUGUGUUCUGUUAAUGCAGAAAGAUGGAUUGAAAGGAUUACAGCAUUCCACCUUUAUAAAAAAAGGCAGCAACAGCUUCCCCUUCUCCUCUCUCCCCUGUUAACAGGCUUCUGCAUUAAGAUGUUUUACAGCAAACCCUUGAAGUACAGCGGCCUUGUCAAGAAGGGAGAGAGAAUCGGCGUCAUGCUGCCCAUGCAAAGGCUCUAUCAAGGAAUUAUAUCCCAUGUCCAUAUCCAGAACUGGGACUUAACAGAUCCUACUUCCAACCUGUAAACAGGUGGCUGCACAUCAGGAGCAAAGCUUUCAGCCCCUCACUUGUGUGUUCAUUAAAUCGCUUAGGCAUAGGUAGUCACUAGUAAAAUAGAAGCCACUGAGCCUCAAACAGUUGUUCCACCCGAAAAGUAUCCAAGAACAAAAUGCUGGUGGUUAUCUGAACAUAAAGAGACUCGGAGUAAGGUAUAACACGUGUUAAAGCUGUUACUGUGUCCUGCACAUCCCUGCACCAGUGGAUGAGGGCUGAAGCGGUGGGGAAGGGCUGGGAGGAGGUGGGUCCUCGAUGCUCAGCAGCACUACAGUCAGCUCUGCUGCAGCUCACUCGUCCUGGACUCCUCUGCUCUCUUUGCAGCCAAGCACAAAGAUUUCUUCAAUAAGCCAGAAAUUUCACUUGUGCUUGCACAUGGAAAAUCACGUUAUUAAAGGGCUGCUUCUCUACAAA